AUGUGCUCCCAGGAGGUUGCUUUUUCAGACAACUUUCCUCUCAAUCCAGCGACUCACCAAAUUUGCCGGUGUCCACUGAGCCAACGCGGCUCAGAAAGCAAUCCUAUCGAUGACUCGGACCCUCUUGGCUCGCCGUCGAAUCCCAUCGUCAUUAACUGCGAAGAUUUUGAGUGCAACGCCCAUGGCUCGCCUCCGUGGGCUCAAGGCACUUUUGAGUGUCUCAUCAAGCUGGAGACUGAUGAUGAGACCUGUGGAAAGGUGCAGAGCUGGGUUGAUGUGGAUGAAAUCCGGGAUUUCAAGCUUCAAGCAGAUAUCGAGCCCAUAGAGGAGAUAGAUUUGACUUAUUCAAAUCUUUCUGCCUCUGUUUCCAAGGACACUGAAAGGUUAGAGUCUAGAGAAGAGAUACACGGUAUUAGUGCAAGCUCUCUUGUCCUGGAGUUUGACAAAGCUGAGGACCAGGUCAAUAUCUGCAAGGCCGAUGACGAAGUCAUCUCAACCAAGCCGGAAGAUGAAGACCAGACUGAUGCUGGCUUUUCUACCCCCAAGGCCGACGAUAUUAACGAUGUUUCAACCGAGCCGAAAGAUGAGGCCAAUACUGGAACUACUAUCUCGAAGGUCGACAAUGACUUUAUCCCAACCGAGCCAGAGAAUGAAGAUCAGGCCGAUGCUGGAUUUUCUAGUCCCAAAAGCGACGACAAUGGUCUUAUCUCAACCAAGUCGAAAGAUAGAGGCGGGCUGGGUACAUGUCCCUUUCUACGUGAAGCGGGUUUCGUUUCAAAAGAAACCCAGGAAGCUUCUCUCAAACGAAAAAUGGAAUCUCAUUGCUCCCCGUCUAUCAGGCGAUCGAAGCGUGUCGCUAAGAGAGUGAAAUUUGACCACCUAGAGUCAGACAUAGGUAUUUAG